CGCGGGCGGGGCCUGUGUGAACCCAGUGUCCGAGAGUCACGGGAAGGGGCGUGCCCGGCCGUUGCCUAGGCGGGGUGGUCGUUGUGGUGCUGGGCGGGCCUCGACGGCACAAAGGUUCCUCCGGUUUUCAUCAGUGUGAGUACCGAGUUUAGGGCAGCGCUGCAGGCCUGAGGGCACUAAUCCCGCGUGGAAGGGCGCUUUGAAGGUUGCAGGGAGUUUUCCCAUGAACAGUACUAUUUGGAGGAGGCAGCCUGGGCCAGAAGCGCAGGUCCCCGAGCAGAAAACGAGAGCAGAAUUUGUAAUCCCUGACCUAUUUCCUGGCCCACUGACCUUGGGCGGGCGGAUGAAAUUCCCUGCCCCAGUCUCCGCAGCUGUAAAACAGUAAUUGUACUACCUGGAAUAACUAUGGAUUAUUACAUGGGUUCAUGAUCUGGAAAGAGCACCUAGAAGAGUGGCUGUCACGUGAUUCAGGAGAUUGUGCUUUCCUGAAAACCAGGCCAGAAUCAGAAGCAUUAUUUUGUUGUGAUACACGACUUGGAAACAAAAUUGCAUUGACAAUUGCAAAGGAAUAUAGCUCUAGCUAACAGAAGCCAGGGCCUCAGGAACACCAUUUGCUGUCUGUGGAUCUUGUAUACCUUGCUGUUUACCAGAAAGCUCCAGUAACCGCAGUGUGCUUUAGUCCUACCACUUGGAUACACUUUCAGCUCGCCCAUCCAAGUAGUAGCCCUUGGAAAGGACUCAAACCACCAUUAGCAGAGAGUCCCCUCACUUCCACCCCUGUGGUUACUACCAUGCCAAAGAAUAAAGGAAAAGGAGGUAAAAACAGGCGCAGAGGGAAAAAUGAAAAUGAAUCUGAAAAAAGAGAGUUGGUGUUUAAAGAAGAUGGGCAAGAAUAUGCACAGGUGAUCAAAAUGCUGGGAAAUGGACGAUUGGAAGCAAUGUGUUUUGAUGGUGUAAGGAGGCUAUGCCAUAUCAGAGGAAAGUUGAGAAAAAAGGUUUGGAUAAAUACCUCAGACAUUAUAUUGAUUGGUCUACGAGACUAUCAAGAUAACAAAGCUGAUGUUAUUCUAAAGUACAACGCAGAUGAAGCCAGAAGUCUGAAGGCAUAUGGAGAACUUCCAGAACAUGCUAAAAUCAACGAAACGGACACAUUUGGUCCUGGAGAUGAUGAUGAAAUCCAGUUUGAUGAUAUUGGAGAUGAUGAUGAAGAUAUUGAUGAUAUCUAAACUGCACUGAACAUGUUCCAAGUUUCUGAAGACCGUUCUAUAAUUGGGAUCUUAACUUUCAACUGUUAAGAGUAAAACUUCAUUUAGCAUGAGUAUGGUUCAUUAAAGGAGAUUAUUAUAUUUUCAUUUUUAAAAAGUAUUUCUUUGAAAACUGAAAAUGUUGAGUUAUCUUAAGUGACAUGUUAACACUUUGUUCUUAUAGAUGUAAUUGAACAUGGUAGCAAAACGCUACCAUGCCUUUCCAUUUGUGAUUCUUCGUUUAUAGCAAAUGAAUAUUUUGCAUUGCUUUUUUGCUUUGUAAUUAUCAUGGGUCAUGAUAAUCCCUAGCUCCAACACAUCUGUUCAAAGUCUUUAUGUUCUAUCUGGAAUUUUUUGGAGAUUUCUCAUCAGAUUUAAGGAUGACAUAAAUCUGCAUUUAGAGUCUGACAAAAUAGGGCUAUUUUUGUAUUUAUGUAGCCAUGUAUGUUUUUAUACAUUAUGUUUUAAACAUACUGUUUAUCCUUCAUGUUGUUACCAUCCCACCCCCCGAAAAACAUCUUCAGCAUGUACUUUUUAAAAUAUGUGGGUCUCAAUUUUGAGAUUGAAGUUACCCACUGCAGAAAUUGAACACUAAUUGAUUAACUAGUUAGCUUGACAUUAGAAAUAUAAUAGUUGACGAUGUUUGUAUUUAAUUUUUACUUUUUUAAAGCAUAGUCAAAAAUGGAAAAUGAAAAUAGAAAUAAAUAUGUUCUGAUAUUACAUAGAUUUUCAAACAAGGUAGUUGUUAGUGGUACAUAAGAUAUUUUUUACUUUGCAAAGUAGAUUGUGUAAAAACGAUGUCUUUAUUUUCAAAAAGCAACUGUAAUCCACAGUUUUGGGCUUUAUGAAUAACUAAAUUGCAAUGUACAAAUGAAAAGUUAAUUUCAUAAUUAUAUAAACAAAGCCUUUCUUAAACUAAGUUUGGGUUAAUAGAAGAGGAACCACGGCCCAGUGAAAAGGUGGUUCCUGCUUUCUGAAUGGAGGGGUCACAGAAAGAGAAAUAUAAUAAAAAUAUGUUGGUAUAAAAACAUUUUGUUUUCUUUUUACUAUGGUCAUUAGCUCUCUGGUGUGCAACCUAAAUAUCUCUUGAAUAAAUGUUCAUCAUGAGAAUUGUUUUUUUAUUAGA